CCAGCGCCGAGCGGGCACCGCGGGCCGCCGCCGCCGCCUUUGUGCCCGGCGGCCGCAGGGACCCACCGCGUUGGGCGAGGCGAGGGAGGGGGCCAUGGACCCCUGGGGAGCGGUGGACCGGGACCAGAAGGCGCUGUACGAGGGCGACGUGCAGGAGGACUACGACACGCUGGUGACCCUGAGCGACGGGACGCCGAGCGACCAUGAGGGAGAGGCCCCGGACGCGGACGGCCCCGAGAUCGUGGAGCUGGACGCGGCCGCCCUGCUGGGCCACGCCGAGGGGGCCUCCCUGGCGGCGCCGGGCGAGCAGAGCCCGACGCGCGAGAGCCUGCGCUGGACGGUGGUGCAGCAGAUCGACUCGCCGGGCAAGCAGCCGCGGCGGGGCGGCAAGGCCGGCGCCUUCCCCAACUUCAAGAGCAUCAUCGUGCUGCAGAAGAGCUACGAGUGCGGCGAGUGCGGCAAGACCUUCAGCUGCAGCUCCCACUUCAGCAAGCACCGGCGCACGCACACGGGCGAGAAGCCCUUCCUCUGCCUCCACUGCGGCAAGAGCUUCAACAUCAGCUCCAACCUCUACCGGCACCAGCGGGCCCACGCCGCCGAGCGGGCCGGCCCGCCGGCGCCCGCCGCCGAGCGGGCCGCCCACCCGCGCGGGCUGCCCUACAAGUGCGACGAGUGCGGCAAGAGCUUCCGCCGCAACACGGAGCUGGUGACCCACCAGCGGCUGCACACGGGCCGCCUGCCCUUCCAGUGCGGCCACUGCGGCAAGAGCUUCUCCUGGAGCUCCCACUUCGACCGGCACCAGCGCAUCCACACCGGCGAGAAGCCCUACAAGUGCCCCGAGUGCGGCAAGUGCUUCAGCCGCAGCUCCCACCUCUACCGGCACCAGCGCACCCACGCCGGCGGGCGCUCCUACAUCUGCACCUACUGCGGCCGCAGCUUCAACAGCACCCUGCACUUCGACCGGCACCAGCGCACCCACACCGGCCAGCGGCCCUACAAGUGCACCCUGUGCGGGAAGGGCUUCAGCGACGGGCCGGCCCUGGUCAAGCACCAGCGCCUGCACCUGGGCGACGGCCCCUUCCGCUGCGAGGAGUGCGGCAAGAGCUUCGGCGCCCGGGCCCAGUACGCCCGGCACCGGCGCAACCUGCACGGCGGCCAGGGCGGCGAGAAGCCCUACCGCUGCGGCGACUGCGGCAAGAGCUUCUCCUGGAGCUCCCACUGGGAGCGCCACCAGCGCAUCCACACCGGCGAGCGGCCCUACCAGUGCGGGGACUGCGGCAAGCGCUUCGGCCGGACCUCCCACCUCUACCGGCACCAGCGCACCCACGCCGGCGGGCAGCCCCACGUGUGCGCCGACUGCGGCAAGAGCUUCAACAGCACCCUGCAUUUCCACAAGCACCAGCGCGCCCACGCCGGCGACGGCCCCCGGCACGCCUGCCCCGACUGCGGCAAGGCGUUCGCCGACGGCUCCGCUCUGGCCAAGCACCGGCGCACGCACACGGGCGAGAAGCCCUUCCCCUGCCCGCAGUGCGGCCGCCGCUUCAGCGUCAGCUCCCACCUCUACCGCCACCUCCGGAGCCACACCGCGGAGAAGCCGCACCAGUGCGCCGAGUGCGGGCGCUGCUUCCGGCAGCGCUCCGUCCUGGCCAAGCACCAGCGGGUGCACACGGGCGAGAAGCCGUACCGCUGCGGCGACUGCGGCAAGUGCUUCAGCCGCGGCUCCAACCUCACGCAGCACCAGCGCAUCCACACCGGCGAGCGGCCCUUCCGCUGCGGCGACUGCGGCAAGAGCUUCAUCCAGAAGUCGGACCUGGAGCGGCACCAGCGGGUGCACACGGGCGAGCGGCCCUACCGCUGCGGCCAGUGCGGCAAGUGCUUCAGCGUCAGCUCCCACCUGGACCGGCACCGGCGCACCCACGCCGGCACCCCACGGCGGCCCCACGGCUGCCCCGAGUGCGGCAAGUGCUUUGCGCAGCGGGCCUCGCUCUCCAAGCACCGCAAGACCCACAGCGGCGAGCGGCCCUACCAGUGCGGCGACUGCGGCAAGAGCUUCAGCCGCAGCUCCAACCUCACGCAGCACCAGCGUAUCCACACCGGCGAGCGGCCCUUCCAGUGCGGCGACUGCGGCAAGAGCUUCAUCCAGCGCUCCGACCUGGAGCGGCACCAGCGGGUGCACACGGGCGAGCGGCCCUACACCUGCCCCGAGUGCGGCAAGAGCUUCAGCGUCAGCUCCCACCUCGACCGCCACCAGAAGAUCCACGCCGCCGAGCAGGCCUCCUACCGCUGCCCCGAGCACCUCCAGGGCUUCCUGGCCGCCCACCAGCACGGGAAGCUCUUCAAGUGCUCCGAGUGCGGGCGCUGCUUCGGCCAAAGCGGCGCCCUGGUGAAGCACCAGCGGGUGCACGCCGGGCAGCGGCUGCAGCAGUGCGCCGACUGCGGCAAGAGCUACGCCGCCGGCCCGGCGCCCCGCGCCAAGCCCCGCAAGUGCACGGACUGCGGCAAGAGCCUGGGCGCGGCGGCGGCGGCGGCAGUGCACCCGCGCGCCCGCGCCCAGCAGUGCAUGGACUGCGGCAAGAGCCUGGGCGGCGGCAAGGAGCCGCCGGCGGCGGCCGAGAAGCCCUACAAGUGCGGCGACUGCGGCAAGGGCUUCGGGCAGCGCUCGGCGCUGGUGAAGCACCAGCGCAUCCACACGGGCGAGAAGCCCUACGCCUGCGGCGACUGCGGCAAGAGCUUCAUCCAGAAGUCGGACCUCACCAUCCACCAGCGCAUGCACACGGGCGAGAAGCCCUACCGCUGCGGCGAGUGCGGCAAGUGCUUCAGCGUCAGCUCCAACCUCAUCACCCACCAGCGCACGCACCUGGGCGAGAAGCCCUACCAGUGCUCCGAGUGCGGCAAGAGCUUCAUCCAGCGCUCCGAGCUCACCAUCCACCAGCGCGUGCACACCGGCGAGAAGCCCUACAAGUGCGCCGAGUGCGGCAAGUGCUUCAGCCGCAGCUCCCACCUCAACCGGCACCAGCGCACCCACGCCGGCGACAAACCCUACGAGUGCCAGGACUGCGGCAAGGGCUUCGCCUGGAGCUCGCACCUGGAGUGGCACCGGCGGGUGCACACGGGCGAGCGGCCCUUCGGCUGCGGCGAGUGCGGCGAGCGCUUCACCCAGAGCGCCCACCUGCGCCAGCACCAGCUGGCCCACGGCGGCGAGCGGCCCCACAAGUGCGGCGACUGCGGCAAGCGCUUCGCCGAGCCCGCCGCCCUGGCCGCCCACCGCCGCGGCCACGCCGCCGCCAAGCCCUACCGCUGCGGCGCCUGCGGCAAGGGCUUCGCCUGGAGCUCCCACCUGGAGCGGCACCGGCGGGUGCACACGGGCGAGCGGCCCUUCCGCUGCGGCGACUGCGGCGAGGCUUUCGCCCAGAGCGCCCACCUGGCCAAGCACCGGCGGCGGCACGCCGGCGAGCGGCCCCAGCGCUGCCCGCUCUGCGCCCGCGCCUUCGCCGACGGCUCCGACCUCGGCCGGCACCGGCGCGCCCACGCUGCCGCCGCCGCCGGCCCGGCCCGGCAGCGCCCGCCGGCAGCCCGCUGUCCCCAGUGCCGGCCGGGCCCCGAGCGCCAGCGCUUCGCCUGCGGCGCCUGCGGCAAGGGCUUCGCCUGGAGCUCCCACCUGGAGCGGCACCGGCGGGUGCACACGGGCGAGCGGCCCUUCCGCUGCGGUGACUGCGGCGAGGCCUUCGCCCAAAGCGCCCACCUGGCCAAGCACCGGCGGCGGCACGCCGGCGAGCGGCCCCACCGCUGCCCGGGCUGCGGCAAAGCCCUCGGCACCGCCGCCGCCCUCGCCAAGCACCGGUGCCUGCACCCAGGCUGCCAGCCCUGAGCCUGCCCCAGCGCCGCCUGGAUGGGACCUGCCGGAGCUGGCACCGUGCACCAGCGUCGCUCCAGAUGGGACCCGUUGGAGCCGGUGCCGUGCACCAACGUUGCCCCAGAUGGGACCCACCAGAGCCUGCCAGUGCCGUGCCCAGCAUCACCCCAGAUGGGACCUGCUGGAGCCAGUGCUGUGCACCAGUGUUGCCCCAGAUGGGACCCACCAGAGCCAGCCAGUGCUGUGCCCAGCAUCACCCCAGAUGGGACCUACUGGAGCCGGUGCUGUGCACCAGCGUUGCCCCAGAUGGGACCCACCAGAGCCUGCCAGUGCCAUGCACCAACGUUGCCCCAGAUGGGACCCACCAGAGCCUGCCAGUGCCGUGCCCAGCAUCACCCCAGAUGGGACCUACUGGAGCCGGUGCUGUGCACCAGCGUUGCCCCAGAUGGGACCCACCAGAGCCUGCCAGUGCCAUGCCCAGCAUCACCCCAGAUGGGACCUGCUGGAGCUGGUGCUGUGCACCAGCAUCACCCUAGAUGGGACUCACCAGAGCCUGCCAGUGCCAUGCACCAGCGUCAACCCAGAUGGGACCUGCUGGAGCUGGUGCCGUGCACCAGCAUCACCCCAGAUGGGACCUGCUGGAGCUGAUACCAUGCACCAACGUUGCCCCAGAUGGGACCCACCAGAGCCAGCCAGUGCCGUGCACCAGCAUCACCCUAGAUGGGACCCGCUGGAACUGGCACCAUGCACCAGCCUCACCUAGAUGGGAGCGGUGGCCGUGGUGGGGAUUUUCCACGUCGGUUGUAACACCCAAUA